AUGUCCGUCAUACAACUUGAAGAACUCGUCUCCUACCAGCUUCGCACGAGCUACCUUGAUGAAAUUGCAGACGGUGUUGGAGAGCGACUCCUAAACGUCAACGAUGGCUUCAUAAACUCGGCUCCUUUCAAAGCCGCCGGCUGGCGACCGAAUUCGUCCCACCACAAGCGGACACAUUCACCUCCAAUUCCUACUGCGAUUGCCUCCGAGUACUUCCAAGCGCCAAAGCAGGCUGGCCUCACACUCGAAGAUGGGGAAGAAGAUGGUGGUAUGCUCACUGCGGGCGGUUCGGAUACUAUGGGUCCAGGAAUGGCUACCAGGCGGCGCAGGCGUCGCGAGCAGAUGGAGGAAGAGGACAGUAGUGACUUGAGCGAUGAGAGUGACGACGAUACGGACCAGCGGGCUGCGCAACAGAUCAAGUUUGCAAAAAUGCCAGUCAGACACAGAGCAGGCUCGUCGCCACUACAGAACACGAACUUGAGGCAGGUCGGAGCUGUCUCACCAAGGGCGCCUCGCCGAGGCUCACAGUCAGCUUUGAUCACAGUCCAGGAGAGGCCCCGGAGAGAUACAGUCACCAGCAGUGAAAUAUCAUCCGAAAACGAGACCGAUAUUCCGACAGUCCAGAGGCAUCGAGAAGCUGCUCGCGCUGCGGCAAGGGCUGCCAAGUUACAGGCUAGAAUUCUAGAGGAGCCCUCGCCCGGUAUUCAACGAGCGGACACAUCUCUCUUGCCAGAGGAGGAGGAAGAUUCCGACGAGGCUUCCGACUUAUCUGAUAACUACGCCGAGAGUAUAGACUCGGCAUCGAUUCUUGAUGGCGUCGAAAAUGCUAUCAAUGCUUCUCCCACCCGCCAGGUUGUGGGAACACCGCCCAAGAACUUUGUACGCCAGUCUACUAUUCGCAAAUCCAAACCGCCGGCGCACCCCAUCGUCCUCGGAGCGUUACCACCUCCCAGGCCGAUGAGCAUGAUCAGGCCUUUGAGCGUCGCCCAACCCAAGAGUUUGCUAUCGGCCGCCCUAAAAGCCAAGGAUAAGAAAUCGUCUAUUCCCUUCCAGAAGUUCGCUCAUUUCAGCGGGCAGGGUACGCAAGGUUCUAUUGCUGUGCGUAUAUAUGCACCUUUCUCAAUCACACCUAGCAAGCCAUUCCAGGUGCUAAUCCGCCCACGUGUUCACGACGGACAAGGUGCUGAGCGGGUGGUGACGGUUGCGGACCUUAUCGGUUUGAGCUUAUACCGAUACAACGAGGAGAAACUCGAACCUCCGUUACCCAAAGGCAAGCUCAAUAUUAACUGGUGGACUCUACGUAUGGUGGAAGAAGGUGGCGAAGUUGACGACGAUUUCCCCCCCUUUGAAAGAACAAAACCGUUGACAUCUUUUACUACGGUUAACAAUGCUGCUGCGCGCGGCGGAGGCCGCAUGCGAUCUAAUUCAACUGCUUACGACGACUUUGCGUUAGCAGCAGCUUCAGAGGAGGAGUACCUUGAGAAUAAGUCACUCACACCACAAGAAGACGAAGAAGAAGAGCCAGCAACAUCACAGGAUAGCGGCGGCGGGGUUCCUCUCACUCCUACGGAGCCAGAUGCGGAUGCGACUCCUCGGGGCACUCCAGGGCCGGCUAUCAACCGGUUUCUAUCGGAACGUCCGCGGCAAAAUCCUAUCGUCACAACGACAUAUCGCUCCAACGCUCCUCCAGCAGACAUACCCCAGGCACCUGCUGCAGCUCCCAAUACAUCCCGCGGGCAGCAAAAGCUGCUUCGGAUUCAUAUCAUGUCAUCAGAUGUCGCACCGGGUCAAAUGGUGACACUAGAUGUGAUGACUGAUACUUACUUGGCUGAGGUGCUGGACAUGGUAUGCCGAAAGAGACAAUUAGACAAGGCCAACCAUGUUCUUAAGCUUCCUGGAUCAGGAGCGGUAGUCAUGCUAGACCGGCCAGUUUCGUCCAUCGGGAAUGUCUCGGACUUGGAAUUGUACAGGCGACGAUUUGCAACAGAUGGUCCGUUAACUAUCACCGGCUCGCCGGGCAGCUCGUCCCCGAAGAUGCUGCCAUUGGCCGAGCAGGCCAUGCAGAAACGCAGUAAGAAGUCACAAACGCCCAUGGUCGGAAGUCAUCCAUUGGCGCGAGAAUCGCUGAAGCAAGAUGAGCUCAGCAACGCCAGCUACAAGAAGUACACUGUUUGGCGCAAGCAGCCCAUGCGUAUCGUUGGUAUGAGCGAACGCAUUCUAGUAAUCGACGGCGAGUACAUUCAUAUCAUGCCAGCGUCUGGCGGUAAGGCAUUGCAUGAUGGUUCAGGCAAGACAACAACGGUGCACUUUAGUAACGUGGUUGGGUGCAAAGUCCUCCGGAAACAUCCCACGAAUGUCAAGCUUGUUGUGUAUAAAGCGACCGAGAGUAAACGAUAUGACUUUGAGGCCCGUAGUGCAUUGGAAGCGGCCGAGAUAGUGGAAGAGCUAAAGAAGGGCAUGCCUAAAUGA